CUGCCCAACACAACACCCCCAGCACACGACAGGACAUCCUUCUUGGCCGCCUAUCAUGGAGGAUAUUCAUGGCGUAGACGUAUCCUGGCUGCAUCACUCCACCCGAGACCCUCAUCGACCGCCCGCCUCGUCGACAUCAACGCCUAGCCUCACUAAAGACGCACCUCCGCCCACCUCCUCUUCCAAAGAAGGAGCCCCGCCUGUCUCACCUCCUCCACCUUCAGCCCCCGGUCAAGAGCGCACAAUCGCAUCGUCUGCCCCCGCUGUCCAGAAACCCUCACUUCCACCGCCGUCGCCUUCCGCCCCGUCUCCUACCCAAAGAAUACCCAUUAAACGUCCGGCUUUGCUUAAUCGAACUUCUGUCGACAGGCCCGGAAGUGUCACACCGCCUGGUUCGCGCAAAGGCUCGUGGAUAUCCAGUAUUAGUUCCAAGUUCUCUUCUCAGAACUCUCCCGCUCAGACAACCCCUGCGCAAGCUCAAGGCUCGUCCGUCACUGCCAACGGAACACACGGACCUACUUCAUCGGCAAAUGGCGCUCUGAAUGGCAUACAAGCGGCAGCAAUCGGAAGCCAUGCGGGACACGAGCCAUACGUUCCACAGGCUCCCAAAAGCUCUUUUAUAUCCAAUGCGCUACGACGUCUUUCAUCUGGUAGUCAGGUCGGCACUGUUGGGAGGGUAGCACCUCACGGAGGUGUGUGCCCUAGGAAGGUGAUGAACAUCGAUGCGACUCGAAACAGAUGCUUGAUGCCCGAACUAGAUCAAAACAAGCUGCGUCGUGUUGCCUUUUGUGUCGAUGUCGAAAUCGCUAGCGGUCCUAAAUACAAGGAUGAUCAGGAUCUCGAAGAUAAAAAGAAAAUACGCAAAGACAAGAAGCUCAAGGAACGAGGUGAAGGAGAAGCUCUAAAACAUCCGGAUACGGUUGCAGAAGAAAAGGAAAAAAGUGGCGCUGUCACCGUGGGCAACUCUGAAGAAAUCCUGGGUACAGAGGAAACGCCUAACCCAGAGGGCACUGUGGUCGAAGAGGCAAAGAAAGAAACAACAAGAAAGAAAGAAAAGAAAAAACGAUCCGAGGCCGAGAGAAAGGAGAGAAAGGAGAAGAAGCGUCGGAAGGCGGAAGAGAAUGGUUCCGUGCCAUUGGAGCUGACUAGAGAUGAAGACGACAAGAGUACAGAUGGGACAGAUACGGCUAUCAAAGCGCCACCAAGACAUCAAGACCGACCUACAACGGACCCUCUUCGAAUCUACCGCAGGUGCUGCCAGUUGCGGGAAACCCCGAUCCUUAAAAGAAUCAGCGAUCAACUCUCUUCGCCCUCUGCGUGCGCGCUUAUUGCUCCUGGCGUGGUUACCUGUCUAGAUCUCACCGGUUCGCGACUCCAACUUGCCGAUGUCGUUACCCUUUCCGAUUGGCUCGCGGUAGUGCCAGUGAAGAAACUUAUUCUCGAGGAUGCUGAUCUGACCGAUGAAAAAGUACGGCUUAUUCUUGCUGGAUUGCUCGGUGUCAAGGUUCCUAAGACACUCGCGCCAAGCUCACAGGAUGCCCAAGAAAACUCGCGUAAGACUACAGAUCGAUCCGGCGUCGUGAAGAGACUUGUUCUAAAAAACAAUUCGAAGAUCACGGCUGAAGGUUGGGGCCAUAUUGCCCUAUUUACAUACAUGUGUAAAUCGAUCAUGUCACUCGAUGUCUCGCUGGUACCUUUUCCAGUCUCCAAAAAGACUGAUUUGUCUCCCCCGCCGAACGAGUCUCCAGAACAUUCAUCGCACACACAGGAAGCUUCCAAUCAGACUGCAGAAAUUUUCUCGAAGGCCAUUGCCGAGCGGUUAGGAGGGUCUGAUCUCGAAGAACUUUCUCUCUCAGAGUGCGGCCUCUCUUCUUCCGUGCUGAGGAAGAUCAUAGAUGGAUGUGUCGUCAGCGGCGUGCGGCGCAUGGGUUUGGCCGGUAACGAUUUAGAUAACGAAGGCCUUGAACACAUCAUCCACUAUCUUCGGUCGGGAGUAUGUCAGGGAAUCGACCUGGGUGGGAACGCUCUAUCAGAUUCAAUAGAGAGGCUUGCCGACUGCUUCACGAAAUCUUCUCCACUCUGGGCACUUAGUCUUGCCAACACGGAUCUCACCCCCAAUUCGCUGAAGAAGUUAUUCCCUGCUUUGGUCAGAUUGCCAAAUUUCCGAUUCUUGGAGCUUUCCCGUAACAAGAACUUGUUCUCCCAUUCAACGUCGCUGUGCCUCCUCCGAAAGUACUUACCACAACUUCCAGAAUUGAGGAGGUUGCAUCUAAACGAUGCGUCUUUGUCACCUGCAGAUGUAAUUGGCUUGGCCGAAGUACUACCCGAAUGUGCUCAUAUCGCGCAUGUGGAUAUGCUUGAUAAUCCACAAAUCACUACACUUGCUGAAGCCACAGACGAGGAAACACAGGAGGAAGCCGCUGCGGUGUUUACAUCACUCACAAUGGCUGCAAAGGUAUCGCGGACUCUCGUCUGUGUCAAUAUCGAUGUUCCUGCAUCUGGGAGCAACGAAGUUGUCAAGGCUUUGGCUAAACAGGUAGUCGCAUACUGCCUAAGAAACAUGGAGAAUUAUCACGAGGACAUUCCGGAGCUCAAGGAAGGAGAGCUCAAGUACGAAGAGAAGCCUGUGGAGAUUCCGGAUGUUCUUAUGCAUUUGGUAGGACACGAGAUAGGUUCUCCGGUAACGACCGACACCGAAACCCCAGCCCCUGAUGAUGAUUAUAUUGUCGGUGGCAUUGGCUUAUCAAAAGCUCUGAGCUAUUGUUUAUCACAGAAAGCAACAGAGUUCAGGCGACAGUCCUUUCCUGUCAGUGGUACUGCGACACCAAGAAGCAGCCAUCCCGAGGAUAUGGGAGAAUCGGGCAAAGCCAAAGCCAUGUCUAAAAACCUGCUUGAAUAUGCGCGCAAUAUUCGUGCCAGGGUGCAACCUGCCUUGGUCAAGGUUGCAAGAAUAGGCAGUGACACGUCAUAUCGUCGCCUUUUCCUGCUCGACCAAACUUUACAAGGAAUCAUUCAGCGCUUCGAAGAUGAGUAUCCCGAGACCCGCGUGCAGCCCAACAGCAGCAGCGAUGCAGCCUCCACCCACAGCUCUAAUCCCAGCACCUCUCCGCCUGCAUCGACCGUUCCUACCAUCUCCACUGCUGUCACCGAAGGUGGACCCGACUCUGAUGAAGAAGAAAGCGGCAAGCUCGUCAGGUCUCGUCACAACUCAGACGUCAAUCUUGCAUCGCGUGCACAAGCCCUUGAGGAGGGCAGGGUUCAUCGUGUCGGCCACCGCCUCCGCACCGAGCUCUUCAACCCCUCCCGUCCGUCCUCGUCGCACUCGCAACAAGCCAACCUCUCGGGCUCCAUGGACAAUCACGAUCUCCCUGAGCACAUGAUCGCACUGCGUCAGAAUCUCUACCGCUAUAGCGGUGAGGAGAUCAAGGCCAUGUCCAAUGGUGCCGGAUGGGAUUCCGUCUUUGACCAGAUCGCAGAAAAUGCAAAGGAGUUGAAGGCACUGGAGCACGAUCAUCCCGAGGAGUUUGCGCGCUUCAGAGAGACACAGAUAGCGGCACUUAAGAAUCGCAAUCUGGAAAUUUUGCCUGGCCAGCACCCUGCUACUACGAUAACGACGACUACUACUACAACUACUCCUCCGACUGGAAAUGGUCAGUCCGCCAGUCGUGACGAUUCUGCCGUUGAGGAUUCGUGA